CGACUUCUCUUCAAUUUCGUCUGUUCAUCGAUAGUCUUUUCUAUUUCUAACCUCAAUUCUCUUGACUGGUGCAGUUGCAAGCUCUUCAAAGUUCAGUUAUUGAUUUACUAAUAAAUGUAGCCUAACAUAAUUUAAUUAUUUUAUCUUCCAUAUUUUGUUCAAGCUAUGAGCGUAUGAUUUAAAAUAAUAGUAAUCAUGACUUUAUAUCAUUUUGGAAAUUGUUUAGCUCUAGUGUACGUUCCGUAUUAUCUAACGUACAAAUACUCAGGAUUAUCAGAAUAUGGAGCAUUUUGGAAGUGUGUGCAAGCAGGUGGGAUCUACAUAUUCACGCAGUUAUGUAAAAUGCUUGUCCUGGCCACAUUCUUCCCCACUAGUGACAAUAUUUCUCAUGACAGUCUCGACGUUUUCGGGGAGCUGCUGAAAUCGACAGUGGACCUGGCUGACCUGGUGGGUCUGUACAUAGUGCUGAAUGGCAUUCCGGGCAAGGGCCACGCCAAGGUGCUAACGGCGGGUGUCGGCUGGGCUGGUGCAGAGCUCAUCCUCACUCGCUGUCUGCUGCUCUGGUUUGGGGCGCGUGGAGCCGAGUUCGACUGGAAGUACAUCCAUAAGAGCUUGGAGUCCAACAUCAGUUUGGUGCAACACGUGACGACAGUGACCCUGGUCUGGCUGUGGUCACGUCACGACCUGAAGUCGUCAGUGAAGCCUAUCGUGGCGAUUAUGCUGCUGCUCUCUUCCUACAAGCCGUUCCUCAUGGACAUUCUAGUUCAGCUGAUGGCCACAGGACCAUGGGUGUCGCUCUUCAUGCGUUUCAUCAUAACUCUGUGUCUGGGAGCGACAACGUUACAAGUGUAUGCCGGACUAGCCAUAUCUAUCGGCAUUGAUUAGAAACAAACUUUCUCUUACAACGAGAUCUUCGAUUGCCUUGGAACUUUUUAAUAAUCUAGUUUGACCCUUGCAAUAGGUUCAGGAGAACCAAAGUCUUGAUACCCUCCGAUUUUCUAUCGCGAUUGAUGAUGCAAUCGUGAUUAUCAAAAUAACUAUUAUAAAUGCCAGUUAUAAAUAUAUAUACUAGUUAAUCAAAUUUGUAAAAUUGAUGUCAGUUAGCAAAUAAUCUAUAACUAUUAAUAGAAUUUGUAAUUUUUAUUGAAGCCCAUCUCUACCAGCUUAUUCCUCAUUAUGCAUUUUCCUAUUCACAUCUAACUAAAACAUGUAGAACUGUAAUACAUGUUCACAAUUAGAAUUGUAAUACAGUUACUACUUAGGCCUACUGUAUUUGUGUACUCAUGUAAGCAAUUUAUAUCCUGAUAGAUGUACUUUCAAUGCAUUUCAUGUUGUUUUAUUAUCGUUGGUGGAUUUUGUAAUUUAUUAUCUGUUGUAGAUUAGUUUAAUAAAACGUUUAUGGUUCGUGUGUGCAAUCAAUGUCGUCUUCAAUUAUGAACCAUUUUUAUAUGCAUUGCAUGGGAGCUAGUAACAAUAAAGUUGAGGUUCUAGCUAUUUGAUUGUUCUUAUGAAUAAAUGGUUUUAUGAAUGUAAA